AUGAACACAUUCGAGGACUUUUCACGACUUUUAUCCACCUGGUUUGAGGCGCACGGUCUAACAGAGCACUUGCAGCGACGGCUGGAUGAGAAGCUGCGCAAUGACAUCUUUGACGCGGGCGAUUUUUUUUCAUUGGCUGCCGUGGCGGAUGCGGAGUCCGAGGGAGAUGCGAAUUCCCUGCAAGAAGCCGAAGCGUCGGCCAGCAACGAAUAUGUCCUUGUUGCUACGAGGGAUUUGCGAGCAAAAGAAGACAUAUGGCUUGUGGAUCACUGUUGUACAUUUCGCCUCCGCGAGUUUUGUGAACACCUGGAGGCGAACGCUACGCUUCGCGAGCGUUUGGGCCGCAUUCUCUCGCUCAAGUUAUCACACACAAGUGCGAAGGAAGAUACACAAACUGUAUUUGAUCACAUGUGGACAAAAGUGGGCUCCUAUAGACUACCCAAUGAAGUUUUUGAGGAGGAUUCUCAGUAUGAAAACACCUGGUUUAUUCACGAUGAGGUUGGAAGCGCAAUCAAGGUGGUGACGGGUGAACCUGGCAACAUGAAACUGGAGCCUAUUCCCCUCUGCUUCCCAGAAAAGGGCGGUGUCUUCUCUGCGAUGUGGUGUGUGGAAGAUAUGGAGGAAGGCACCAUCGCCACACAGAAAGCCGCCUCUGUGCUAGAAAGUGCGGGGGGAAAGGAGGUAGUGGAGCUCCUGUACGGACCAGCGGGGGGCGAAAGUUACGUGGAUGCGAAACGUGUCUGUGUGGAGGCGUGGCGGCGAUUGGCGGGCAGGCUGGAGGCGGUUUUGGCCACAGCGGAGGGUCAUGUUGACAGAAAUGAUAACGAUGCUGCAAUGCACCGCCCUCCCACCGCAUCGCUCGCUGCACCGCUACCAGAAAGAAGAAACAACGAAGAGUUAAGGGCGAAACUGCCCUUGCGUGUAUUCACAGAUAGCAAACUGGUCUCUGCGAAUCUUACAGAUGCUCGAUCGUUUCUGUUGGUGGACCUUCCGCGGGAGGCGCAGGUGAUGUGGAUUUUCCACGAUCCUAUUCAUGACCUCGCCCCUUUCCAGCAUGCGCAGUUUAUUUCUCAAUUCCCCGAGGAGAGGCUCUUCACAAGCAAACAGGGUCUUACGCGACUUAUCCAGGAACACUACGGGUAUGUGGAGUGGUUCCAAGCAAGCUAUGACACCACUUCGCAGCUUCGUGAAUUUAUUGGGGACUUUAUGGCGCGACAGAUGCAAUUGAACGGUGCAGAUCCGGAUGUUGUGGUAACCCAAGAUGACACUCGCCUCUUGCGCAGCGUUGAUGGAACGAACUUAUGGAUUACGAAACCAAUCAAUUUGGCCCGAAGCGUCGAUAUGACGGUUUCUUCCAAUUUAAAGGCAUUGUUAAAAGCCAUUGAAACGGGUCCCAAAGUGGUGUGCAAAUAUAUUGCGAAUAGCGCUACUCUGCGUCGACGUAAAUUUGAUCUUCGUUUCAUCGUGGCCGUGCGGUCGUUUGUGUCGGAGGAAACGCCAAUGGAGGCGUACGUGUACAAUGUGUUUUGGACUCGUUUUGCGUUGGAAGACUACGCCCUGAACGAGUUUGAUCGUUAUGAAAAACACUGGACAGUUAUGAACUAUGCAAACCCCGAAAAGCUCAUUCAGCUGCAUCAUUCGGAGUUUAUUGAGGAAUUCAAUGCGGAAUACGCCGGCAAAGGGUACGGUGACUCCCUUUGGGCCCGGGAUGUUUACCCAAAGGUCCUGAAAAUGCUUCGCGCAGCGUUUGGCAUCGUGAAAGUCAGUGGCGCCGAUCGCCGUCGCUGCCGUGCAAUUUACGGCGUUGACGUUAUGCUGCGCGAAACGUUGGACGACACUCGCGGGACGAAGAGUCUGGAACCGACGCUGCUCGAGAUCACGUACGGCCCCGACUGCCAGCGCGCCUGCAAGUAUCACCCAAACUUUCUUAAUGAAGUCUUUCGAACGCUCUUUCUUGGGACGCCUGCGAACAUGACGCGGUUGUAA